CAUAGAGUAAUUCGUUGACGGGCUAAUUAUCUUUGUAUACCAACAUGCCGGACUUUACAGAUAAUCUCAAGCCUCUAUAUGAUGGUGCAGCAAUCUUGGAACACGAGCGCAGCCGAUCCUUAGUGAACAUCGACGAGCUCUCGAGACAUCUACUAUCCCGCAAUGGCUUUCUCGAACGCCAAGCUCGAGUCUUAGCAAUUAUCGAAAGGGAACAGCUGUUUUCAAAGAAGCAGCAAUUGAACCUUUCGAGACCUGAACGCUAUCAUCUCGGCCUUGCCCGGGCAAAAGCACUUCGUCGUCUCACCAGGAAGCAUGGCUGGGACUUCGAAGACUAUCGUAUGGCAGAGUAUCUCACCGACGAGAUGUCACCGUAUUUUCUGCACAUGAGCAUGUUUGCGACGACCGUUCGUGAGCAAGCCUCUGACGACCAGAAGCGGUACUGGAUGCCCAAAAUCGAGGCUUGGGAGAUGAUCGGGGCUUAUGCACAGACAGAGUUAGGUCAUGGAAGCAAUGUAAGGGGGUUGGAGACUACCGCUACGUAUGAUGUGGUAAAGAAGGAAUUUGUUAUUCAUAGUCCAACUUUGACGGCUUCGAAGUGGUGGAAUGGCAGUAUGGGAAGGACAGCCACGCAUGCGAUAGUAGUAGCUCAGCUCAUGCUCCCGAAGAAAGGCCAUAUAAGUCAAUUUGAGUCUUACGGUCCGCAUCCAUUCAUCGUUCGUAUUCGUCAGGAAGGCACACACCUUCCACCAGACGGCAUCGUCGUUGGCGAUAUCGGGGCCAAGUACGGCUAUACGUCCAUGGACAAUGGAUAUAUGCUAUUCAACAACUACCGUGUUUCCCACUCCGCAAUGCUCGCCCGAUACUCCAAAGUAGAUCAGGACACGGGUACCUUCUCUAGGACGGGUAAUCCGGCUGUCGUCUAUGGUUCACUGACGAAUGUACGUGCCAAUAUCAUCAUGCACGCCAGAUUGAUCCUCGCUCGGGCGGUCACCAUUGCUGUAAGAUAUACGUCCGUUCGAAGACAGUUCAGAGACCGAGACUCCAAGUCGACCACUGAGCCUGAGACAGCAGUCCUUGACUAUCCUACUGUACAAAUACGUCUUUUACCAUUGUUGGCAACGGCUUUUGCGUUGCAUUACACUGGCGACUCAAUGUAUAACCUGUACAAUCAAACGAGAAGUGGGAUUGAAAAGGGAGACUUCACAGAGCUUGCAGAGCUCCAUAGUACCUCAUCGGGGCUGAAGGCCCUGUGUACAACGUAUGCCGCUGAUGGCAUCGAAACGUGUCGAAGAGCUAUGGGUGGCCACGGGUUUGGUGGAGGAAGUGGCUUAAUCAAUAUUAAUAACGAUUACUUAUCUAAGCCAACCGUCGAAGGGGAUAACUGGAUGAUAACCCAACAAAUGUCGAGUCACUUGAUCAAAAAAAUGACGGCUGCUGUCAAGAGACCAAACGCCGAACCUGUUGACGCCACAGACGAGCUCUUCAAACGCUAUCUACAGCAGCAAAAAGCGCGUAAACCCGCCGACGCCGUACACUGGAUGUCUAUCGAUGACAACGCAAUUGUCGACGCGUUCCAAUGGAGAGCGGCAGAUCUCACAUACCGUGCAUACCAGGAUCGCGUAGAGAGAAAGAAGCCCUGGAACUCCCUCCUCAUCCAACUCCACAAACUUAGCAAAGCCUUUUCCGAAUCCAUCGUUGUAACAAAUUUCCAUGCUUCCCUCAGGUCAAAUAAUAUUCCUUCCGAAACCUCAACAGUGAUACGCGAUCUCUACCGCUUGUACGCGCUCCACACCAUGGACACCGAUGCACGAUCCUUCGCAACAACCACCGCCGCAACUGAUUCCACGCUGGACGCUCUUUCAGACGCAAUCCUCAAAUUGAUGACGAGUAUUAGGCCUCAUGCGGUCAAACUGGUGGAUAGUUGGAUGAUGCCUGACUACCUGCUAGAUAGUGCGCUGGGAAGGUAUGACGGGAAGGUGUACGAGGCGUUGUAUGACAUGGCACAUAGACAGAAUCCGUUGAAUCGGACUGUAUUUAAUUGGGACUGGAGGAGUGAAGAGAUCGUGCUGGGAAGUGGGGAUGGGGGAAAGCUAGAGUCAAAGCUUUGAGGUCCAAAGAAGAUUGUAAUGUGUAGUGUAAAGUUAGAUAGGUCAUUGCUACCGUGCUAUUGAAUGUAACAGGAUAAGCG